AUGUUUUAAUUGUGUAAAUCCUUUUACAACUUUUCUAAACUAAAGGUUUUUGCAAAUCAACUUACAAAAUCGAUAGAUAAUGCCCAAAAAAAUGUAGCAUUUGCCUAUUUCCUCCCUAAGGAUUGGAAUGAAAAAUAAGUAAAAGAAUAUUUUGAUCCUCAAGAUAAAUUGAUAAAAAGAAGUAGAUAUACAAAGAAAUAAUAGUUCAGCUUAUCAAAGACUCAUUUGAUAAUCCCACCGGUAAAGCAGUUAUUGAGAUGGAAUCAGAAUCAAUUGCUCAAAAAUUUAUCAAGGAGCAUCAUGAAAAUUACAUUGACACUAAAGAUGUUUUAUAAUAAAUUGUUGUGAAACCAUUCAGUUUGAAAAAGGAAAAAAACAAAUUAGAUAUUAAAAGAAGCGAUAAAUAGGCUUACAUUACAGGUUUACCCAGAUAAAUGAAAAAUGAGGAGCUUCUAGAUUUAUUGAUUGAUUUUGGGGAAAUUGAAAAAAUAUAAAUUCCUAAGGAUUAAAAUUAAGAUUUCAAUAAAGGAUAUGCGUUUGUCUUAUUUAAAAAUGUUGAGGACGCCUAAAAGUUUUAGACAUUUAUGAAUGGAAAGGAAUUUAUGGGAAAAAAAUUAGGGUAAAAAUUGAUUAAUAAAGUUAGAGUCUAAUUGAGAAUAUUUAGAUUUGAUAGCUAGAAAAAGAAUUUCAAAAAAGAAAAGGUACAAGAUGGAGACGUUUAAUAUGAAUAAAAUAAAGCCAAUUAUGGACUUUUGUAAAAGUAGUUUGAAAUAGAAAAAGAAUGA